AUGUUAAAUACGAUUGGUGUUGUGAACAGAGGUUUUUAUUAUGUAGCCGAAAAACAAAUUAAGCUUAAAACCGAUCAAUUAAAAACAGUUGUAUAUAAUCAUCAAUCGAAAUUGCAAACUGGUAUGACCAAGCCAUGGCUCGAUGCAAUAGCUACUCCCUACAAGGAAACAUCAGUCGAAGUUGUUAAUGAAGAUUGUCUUCUUUGUUAUCAGCGUUUGAUAAAAAAGUCUGAGAAGAUGAACGAAGACAAACUUUGCCCUGUGGUUCUAAAUAUGGCUAAUGCCGACUCACCAGGUGGUGGAUAUCGUAAAGGAGAUGGAGCGCAAGAAGAAAAUAUGUUUCGUCGUUCGAAUUAUUCUCGAAGUCUUGAUAUGGAUCUCGAUUUUGGAAAACCAACGCCGCGUUUCUAUUGUAAUUCGCAAUGCAAAGAAGUACCCAUAUCUCAAAAUCAAAAAAUGUAUUCGAUGGAUGAGUUUGGUGCAAUCUAUACAUCAGGAUUGAAUCUUUUUCGUGAUCCAGAAAAUGAAGGCUAUGCUUUCAUGAGCGAACCUAUGUACGAUGUAUGUGCAAUUGCAAUGGCUGCUGAUCCAAGGGCGAAAUAUUGCUUAUCAUCACAAACAUGA